UGAAGAGCUGGGGUGAAGUUAGAGUAGCUGCAGAUAGACAGAUAGCAGCAGAGAAAGAGAGACAGACUGAGAAAGUGAAUAAAGUGUGAAUUUCUACAAUAUGUUCCUGUAACCUUUUGGAUUUCUUUUUUUUUGGUCAGAUUUCUUUCCUAUUUUCUUUUUUUUUUUUUUGCUUUCUGUUGUGUUUUUGUCACUGCUUCCCCACCUGAGAGUUAGAUUUUUAGAGAGUGAGUGUGUGUGUGUGUGUGUGUGUGUGUGUGUGUGUGUGUGUGUGUGUGUGUGUGUGUGUGUGUUGUGUGUAAUAUAGUAAAGUCAUGGAGCUGGAGCGUUUAGGCGGUGGUGGGGUUAAACCCGAGAGGGGCAACACUCGUCUCUACAGGAUAGCACUGGCCAUGUGUGUGUGUCUCUGUGCUGUUCUGCUGCUUGCACUCAUACUGGUCUCUCAAAAGUCCAGUCAGGAGGAGUUCUGUCUGAGUCCAGAGUGCAUCGAAGCAGCUGGGUCUAUUUUAAGUAAAAUGGAUCGGUCUGUUGACCCCUGCGAGGACUUCUAUAGUUUUUCCUGUGGUGGUUGGCUGAAGGAGAAUCCGAUCCCUGAAGAUUCCUCCUCAUAUGGCAUCUACCCCUGGCUGCGACAGCAUGUCGACAUCCAACUCAAAGAGUUACUGGAAGCUCCAUCAGCCCCUGAUGAACUGGAGGCAGUGACUAAGGCUAAGAUCCUCUACCGCUCCUGUAUAAACGAGGCUGUGCUGGAGAAGGUGGACAGCAAACCGAUGCUGAAAACACUGAGGCAGGCAGAGUUUCGGUGGCCUGUUGUCGGGGAGGGGCUCGGCGGGGAGUAUCAGUGGUCGGCGGCUCAGUGGAACCUCCUGAAGACUGUGGCUGAGAUGAGGAACCAGCACAGUAAGAGCGUUCUGAUUCGCCUGUACGUCUCCCCUGACGACAAGAACUCCUCACUCCACAUCAUCAAGCUCGACCAGGCAUCCUUGUCUCUGCCCUCCAGGGAGGACUACAUCACCAACACUUCCUCUGCACAGGCGUACCGUGCGGCCUUGCUCAGCUUGAUGGUGGACACAGCCGUCAUGCUGGGCGCUCCAGAGAAAGCAGCGCUGACCCAGAUGGAAAAGGCUCUUGCCUUCGAGACCAAACUGGCUCAUAUCCUGAUUCCCUAUGAAAACCGCACCAGUGAGAACAUGUACAACAGAUACACACUUUCUCGCCUGCAGCGCUCCAUACCACAGUUUGACUGGCUGGGUUUUGUGAAAGCUGUGGUGGAGUCUAAAAGCGACCCGUCUCGGUCCAUCCCCUCCUCCGAGCCCGUCAUCGUCCGAGCCCCGCAGUACUUCAAGGAACUUUUCAAGCUCAUUAACAGCACAGACCCCAGGACUGUAGCAAACUACGUACAGUGGAGGACGGUGUUCUCCAGGAUCACCACUCUGAGUCGUCGUUUCCUCUACAGAUACCUCGACUACGCUCGGGUCACCACGGGAACCACGUCUCUGACCCCGCGCUGGGACAAGUGUGUGAACUACGUCGAGAACUCGCUUGUUUAUGCCGCCGGGCGCCUUUUUGUCAACACACACUUCCAGGAGGACAAGAAACACAUGAUGGAGGAGCUGAUCAAAGGCAUUCGCUGGGCGUUCAUCGACAUUCUGCAGAAAGAGAAUGAGUGGAUGGAUCAACCAACGAAGAACAGAGCCAUAGAUAAGGCUCAUGCAGUCCUGGCAAAGGUUGGCUACCCCGAGUUUAUUCUGAAUGACACCUACCUCAACGAGGAUCUGAAGGAGCUAAAGUUCGAUGAGACGGAUUACUACGGUAACGUGAUGCAGACGCUGAAGAUGAUCGCUCAGAUUGAUAUCGCUUGGCUUCGAAAGAGCGUGCCACGUACGGAGUGGUUUACAAACCCAACAACUGUGAACGCCUUCUACAGUUCUUCCACGAAUCAAAUCAGAUUUCCUGCUGGAGAGCUUCAAAAACCUUUCUUCUGGGGAAGAGAGUACCCAAGAGCUUUAAGUUAUGGUGCCAUCGGGGUGAUAGUGGGACAUGAGUUAACACACGGCUUUGACAAUAACGGUCGCAAGUAUGACAAAAACGGAAACCUUGACCAGUGGUGGAGCAACUCGUCCGUCACAGCCUUCAAUGAGAAGACCCAGUGUAUGAUAGAGCAGUAUAAUGGCUACCACUGGGAGGAGGCAGGCCUGAAUGUGCGGGGUAAGAGGACUUUAGCAGAAAACAUAGCAGACAAUGGAGGAAUAAGAGAAGCGUUCAGGGCAUACAGACGGUGGGUUGACGAGAGCAGAGGUGGUGUGGAGGAGCCUCUGCUUCCUGGAGUCGGACUGAAUAACAACCAACUGUUCUUCCUGAGCUACGCACAUGUGAGAUGUAACUCAUACAGACCAGAAGCAGCCAGGGACCAGAUCCAGAGUGGAGCCCACAGUCCACCAAAAUACAGAGUUGUCGGAGCAAUGAGUAACUAUGAAGAGUUUCGGAAAGUGUUCAGCUGUCCUGAGUCGUCGGUUAUGAACCGGGGGGCAAAGUCCUGUCGGGUGUGGUGACCUUUGACCUCAGCUUCACCGUGAACAUGGCCAGAGCUGUCAGCAGGACACCUGUUGAAAAGGCAGAUCGUGCUGGAGCCAACAUAGUUUACAUGAUGUGGGAGCAAUGAAAAGAUGAAGAAGAGUUGUUAACUCAUAGACAUGUUAGCGACUGAAGACCACUUUUAAUUGGAUAUUGUACAGUAUAUUAUUACUACUACAACAAAGUUGCAAUGUUGUUUUUUACAGAUACAUUUACUGCAUAUGUUGCUGUUACUGCAUAAAUUAUGACUGAAGCCAUAGUUUAUGAAUUAUAUAUUAGAAAAAGGCUGUUUUUGUACAGACGUGCAACAAUAACAGACAUACAGUAUAUAUACUGUAAGUGUGACUAGUUAAAGAUGGAGCCUUUCUUAUGGGAAUAAAUAAUUUAUACAUUAAAGGUACCAGUGACUGGAACGUCGUAUUUUUGAACAGGAACAUUUUUUCCGAUGUUGCAGUAACUCUGGGAAGCAGAAAUAUAUCAGGUCAACAUCUGCAUAUAUUCAUUAGCAGCCUUGUCAAUGAUUUCCCAGCAUCCCAAGCAAAAGAUUUUAAUUCAUGUUUGAAGAUAAAUAUGAGCAAAAAAAAGCAACAAACAAUACAAAAAAAUCAAUCCAUAUAUUUUUUGAAAACUUUUUAGUUUUCCUUGUUUUUCUUGAAAUAAUUGUGAAAACCUGUGUUUUAAUUAUGUACUCACAAAGCAAUUCAAUGACAUCAACCUGCUGGUAUGUCUUUAAAAACUUGUGGGUGGGGUAUGUUUUGUAUUUCGUGUGCGUGUUUGUUUGUGUGGUCUCAGUCCCGUCUUGGUUUCUGUUCCACUUUGUUUCAAUCUUAUUCUUGUGUCAGACAUUUAUAUUCAUUCUGCUGCAGUUCAGCCCGAGGCAAAUGAACUCACAGAAUUACAAGCACUCAAACUACAAGAUGCACUCUCUCCAUUUGUCUUUCUGUCUCUGGUAUUUAACGGUACUGCAGAGGUGCACUCACACAUCAGCUUCUUGUAGUAUUUGUUGUUGAUCUGGAAUAUUGGGGGUAUUUUACAAACCAGAUUUAACAAGUUAGUGAGAAAAUGACAGCGAUUUAUCAUCUGAAAUAUAGUUUAUUUUCCACGUUUAAUUGACUAACUUUUCUAAUUCUGCUUUUUGAAGUCUUGAUUUUCAUUUUGUCUUCUGUCUGUCCUACAGAAAAUGGUUGUAUGAACUCUUCGUAAAUUUAAACUUAGCAUAGUUAUUGUGAUUACUAAGUGAAGAUAUAGACAUCUCUUAAUUAAAAUGAGUUGCACCAAACAAACUAGUUCUUAUGUCACAAACUAUUUACACCCAGAAACUGCCAGGUGUAACUGUUACACAGCUCACGCAACUAAUAUGGUCGACGUGACUGACCGGAAACCAGAUAAAAUGCUUUUUGGUAAUGAUGUUACCUGGGGAAGAUUUAAGAUGACAUUUCACAAAAAUAACACCAUAUACCUCAAAUGACAAAACAUAACGCCGGUAACGUUAGCUCAUAUGGCUAAAUAACGUCCCUUCGCUUACGCAGCCGUUAUUAACUUCUCACUGUAAACUUAACUAGUACCAUUAGUUCUGAAACACAAAUAAUUAAUUAAUUAUCGAUUCAUCUGGUGAUUAUUUCUACAAAUAAUCUUUUAGUCUAAAAUCUUAAAGAUCUAAAAAUCAAAUGAAUCUAUAAAUGUGAGAAAAUAGUGAAAAAAAAAAGAUUUUAGAUUCUUUAUUUACAUUUUAUUAUCUGGAAGUGUUUUUCUUGAUAUACCUUUUUUUUUAUCGUAAUGGGAUGAAUUUGAACUGCCGUUGUUCUGGUACCUAUUUGUAUGUUGUGAUCGUGGGGUCACUGUGUUUCUGUGUUUCUGGUUGUGCUUCCUUCUGUGGCGUUCUAAUAAAACUCUUGAGACACUA